AUGUGCGUUGCAGGUGAACAAGACGAAAGUGAGAUGUUUCAGCGGGAAACGGAAACACAUAGUGCCCUCAUUGACGAAUACACUGAAAAUAAUUUAGGUGAAGUAUAUGUUCUGGAUGAUGGUGGAGAAGUAGAUCUUGAUUUAGGAAAUUAUGAGAGAUUUUUAGAUAUAACAUUGCACAAAGAUAAUAACAUAACAACUGGAAAAAUUUAUCAAUCAGUUAUUGAGAAAGAGAGACGUGGAGAAUAUUUAGGCAAGACUGUGCAAGUUGUGCCACAUAUAACUGACGCUAUUCAAGAAUGGGUUGUUCGAGUUGCUAAACAGUCAGUUUCUGUAGAUGGCAAUGAACCAGAGGUUUGUAUUAUCGAACUCGGUGGGACCAUUGGAGAUAUCGAAGGAAUGCCCUUUGUCGAAGCUUUUAGGCAGUUUCAGUUUCGUGUAAAAAAAGAAAAUUUUUGCUGCGCUCAUGUAUCGCUCAUACCACAGCCAAAAUCUGCAGGUGAGCCGAAAACAAAACCAACUCAAUCAAGUGUGAGAGAAUUACGUGGUCUUGGCCUAUCACCAGAUCUCAUUAUUUGUAGAUCUGAAAAUCCUAUCGGUGAUGGAAUCAAAGAAAAAAUUUCCAAUUUUUGUCAUGUUCCACCAGAACAGGUUAUAACGAUUCAUGAUCUUUCGUCAAUUUAUCGUGUGCCUCUAUUAAUGGAAAAUCAGGGCAUAGUACCUUUCUUAAUUGAAAGAUUGCAGUUGAACGUGUCAAUGCCAAAUCCACGAACUUUCAUGCGUAAAUGGCGUGAUCUUGCAGAACGUGUUGAUCAUCUUAGAAAGAAAGUAGUUAUAGCAUUAGUUGGAAAAUACACCAAACUUGAAGAUUCAUAUGCUUCAAUUACAAAAGCUCUGCAACAUGCUUCUAUAGAAGUAGGAUAUAAGUUAGAGCUAAAGUACAUUGAAGCCUGCAAUUUAGAAAAAGCCAAAUUGCAAUCAGAUCCAGUAAUCUAUUAUGAAGCCUGGCAGCAAUUAUGCAAAUGCGAUGGAGUUAUUGUGCCAGGUGGUUUUGGAAAGAGAGGUUUAGAAGGAAAAAUAGAAGCAUGUAAAUGGUGCAGAACUAACAACAAACCCUUUCUUGGAAUAUGUUUAGGAUUGCAAACUGCUGUAAUAGAAUUUGCACGCAAUGUAUUAAGUUUAAGUAAUGCAAAUAGCACAGAAAUUGACAGUGAAACAGAGAAUCCUGUUGUUAUUGAUAUGCCAGAACAUAACCCAGGGCAAAUGGGUGGGACAAUGAGACUGGGAAAAAGAGCAACUUGUUUUACGGGAGGAAAUUCUAUUAUUCAGCAAUUAUAUGACAAUAAAGAAACCAUUGAAGAACGUCAUCGGCAUCGAUAUGAAGUUAAUACUAAAUAUAAACCUGAUCUAGAGGCAGCUGGAAUGAAAUUUGUUGGUCACGAUGAAAAUUUGGAGAGAAUGGAAAUCAUGGAAUUAGAAGGACAUCCUUUCUACGUCGCUACUCAGUUUCAUCCAGAGUACUUAUCGCGGCCAUUAGAACCCUCUCCGCCAUUCCUAGGGUUAAUUUUAGCCAGUGUAGGAAAACUAAAAUCCUAUUUAUCUAAGGGAUGUAAACUUUCUCCACAAUUAAGUGAAAAUGAAUACGAUGAUGAACUACCCGUUGCAACUACAAACUUGAAAACAGUAAACAGGACAUUAUAAUUUUAAGAAAAUAUCAUUCACAGUAGUAAUUUAGAAGAUUGAAUAAGUUUUAAUCUUAAGAAAGAAAAAUUAAAUUCACGUAAAAUUUAUGUAUAAUCAGUAGAAAGCAGACGAUUUCAAUCUUAACUUAGAUACAUUAAUCAUCUCUCUUAAUCUCUUCCGUACAUUUUUCUGAAGAGGAACAAACAAAAACUCCUCUUAUUUUUCUAUAAUUACAAACAUUUUAUGUAUUCUUACAAACUAUUUUUUUACUUCUUUUCAAAUAAAAGCAUAAUUUAAUGGCAUAUCAUUACGCGAGAUUCAAAUGAUAUAUGUAUAACAAUGUUUCGACUACCGACGAAUUUUAGUCGUUCUCAAUGUACAAUGCAUCCGGAUAUUUUCUACUCGACUUUUUUAGUGACAGACAAUUUUUACAUGCAUACUGUGUGCGUAACUCAAGGGGAUAUUUACACCCCCGAGAUAUUUACCGAAUAGUGUAUGUAUGUAAUUUAAGAUAUUGUAAUGAGAUGAGUUUUAAAGAAAACUUUCUCACUACCCGAGUCAUAACUGUAUAUACAUACAAUUUGUAAGUACACCUCAUUUUGUAAUGCAUUACAAUAUUUUUUGUUUAUGCAAAUGAUUAAAAGUUUUCCAACAUAUUUUCUACCAUAUUUUGAUUAAAAACAUUCACGAAGUGAAUAAUAGUUAUAUAUAUAUGUAUGUUAUAUUAUAAACAAUGUUAAAUAUGUACCAUUUUAAAAGUAAAUUGUCAAAUUUGAAUAUA